GCCUGUCAUGGUGGCCUAGAAACAUUUUCUUUGUUUUCAUAGAACUAUUACGUCAUAGCUGUUAGCUGUCUCUCUGGUAUGAAACUAUAAUUUCAACCCUCUUUAAGAUAGCUGCGUCCUCUGGUGACACUUUGUGGAACUAUUGUGUUAUCGUCUUUGGUUACAUCUCUCCUCUCUGAGUCCGACACACCUAUGGUGCCUUCUAGUGGCGUGCCAUGCAAAUGGGGCCCUAACUAGUAAUGACAAACUCGUUUUGAACAAAUGCCUAAUUAAUUGAGUAGUGUAUAAAGUAAUAAAAACUUUUUAUGUGUACCAUGAGAUAUUUCUACAAAAUAGCAGAUUUAUUAUGUUUGGUCCCAGAAGCUUGACACCACACUUAACUAUCCUACUCUAGUGGAAAGUUGGGUAAGCAAUAUGUGAAGGCUAAUUUCUAUUGAUUUCCAGUCCAACAACACUAUAAGUACUCAGAGAUAAUGCAAGGUUGGGGCCCUCCAGUGAAAUGUUGUAUUUUCAAGGUACAGGUUUGUAGUGGUCAAGACUGAAUGUUACAGACAACUAAUGCCUAGAAAUGUUACAUACAUUUUAAAUAUUAUAGAAAUAGUUAUAAAAAACUAACACUUAUGACAGGCAUGGCUGUCAUGCAGAUUGGUCUUGUCAUGAUAGAAUAGUUAAUGUCAAGGAACGAAAUCUUCUUAAUUGGAUGGAUUCAUAGUAGUAAUCGGAAAUCCAUAAUUGCAUUGGAGAACUUGCUGUCUGGACUAUUUUAGUUGAGUCAAAGCAGCCCUUAGAUACUUUCAUCGUGGUCUAACAUCUCCCAUGUAUGAGCUGCUUCACUGAGAUCACCGACUUGGAUUACUGAAAGGAUAGUUUCCUCAACUGUUUAAGACAAGGUAAAACCAAAAGUAUCUAGGGCCUAUACUCAAUAGGAGCUUCUAUUCACCUGACAUCAUGGAAGUACACAUAAGAUAGAAAUUUCUGGAUUGGCACUGAUAGCGCCAAGAGGAAAGGUACAUUUUCAAUUUUCAAGAUGAGAUGAACAGGUACUGUCAAUCAGAUGUUGACAUACUCCAGCAGUGCUGUUUACAAUUCAGAGAUGAGCUCCUCGACACUUAUGGUAUUGACCCCAUCAUGUACAUGACAAUUGCUUGUGUAUGUACAACCAUAUACAGAAACAAGUUUAUACCACCAAAGUCUAUAACACUUGUACCUAACCAUGGAUACAAUACAACAAACAACAAUAGUCAGGAUGGAAUGAUGUUAGCUGGAAUAAUCCCGACAUAAAAACACCUAACUUAGAACGUCUAGCGCUAGGUGGCGUCAUCCUGAACCAGUCUUAUGUCCAACCGGUUUGUACGCCGUCAAGGACAGCAUUUAUGACCGGCUACUUUCCUUAUCACGUUGGUAGACAGAAUACUUACAUUCACCAUUUGCAGCCCUCUGGUGUCUUCCUGAAUUACACAUAUUUACCUGAAAAAUUAAAACAACUCGGAUAUUCAACCCAUGUUGUAGGGAAGUGGCACCUGGGGUACUGUAAUUGGUCGUACACCCCAACUUUUCGAGGAUUCGAUUCAUUUUUCGGUUACUAUUUGGGUUCAGAAGACUAUUACACUCACGAAACACAUCCUUCAGAGUUCAAGAACCGAGGUUUGAAUGAACAGUUAUUCCUAGAUUUCCGCAACAACACAAAACCGGCCAAAGGAUAUGAUGGCAUUUACUCUACUCAAGUCUUCUCUAAAGCAACGACGGAGUUGAUUUCAAGGCUAAGUCCCAGGGUUCCAACGUUUCUCUACUUACCAUUUCAAGCAGUUCAUUCUCCGUUAGAGGUGCCUCAGAAGUAUCAAGAUAUGUAUAACAACAUUAAAGACGUGAACAGAAGGAAAUACAGUGGAAUGGUUACCGCUUUAGACGAAGCAAUAGGAAAUAUAACCAUUGCUCUAAAGAAGUUUGGUUUCUAUGGAAACUCGAUUAUUGCGUUUACUACUGAUAACGGAGGACAAGUUUAUGCUGGAGGAAACAACUGGCCCUUAAGAGGAAAUAAAGACACCUUAUGGGAAGGAGGAACAAGAGGUCCUGCCUUUGUACAUAGUCCGCUUCUGAACAGGACCGGCUUUGUAACAGAUAACCUAUUUCAUGCCGUUGAUUGGCUACCGACUUUACUUCACGUGGCUCAUGGUCAGGCUGAUCCAGGAAUUGAUGGAAUUGACCAAUGGAAUAUGAUUAAUGGAUACGGAACGCCACCUCGAAACGAAUUCAUCUACAACAUCUAUGAUACUAAUACAUCGAGAACCAGAGGAGCUAUCAGGGUUGGUGACUACAAAUUAAUUAUUGGAUCAGGAGGAAGCCCAAGUGGAUGGUUCCCGCCCCCUACCGUCAAUUGUACAAACUUGUCCAAUUACACUAUAUAUCAACAGAAUCCUCUGGAAGACCAAAUAUAUCUCUUUAACAUAAGAAAUGAUCCAACGGAACAUCACAAUCUAGUAACUUCAAGUCCACAUAUUGUAGACAAGCUAAGGCGCCGUCUUCUGCAACAUAAGGCAACCAUGAUCCCGGCAGAUGAUCCUCCAGAUGAUCCAAAAGGAAAUCCAAAACUUUGGAAUAAUAUUUUCUCUCCUGGGUGGUGCAAAGCAAAAGGAAUAAAACGAUUCUGAGCCUUUGCAUUGAAGAAACUAUUUUAUUUUCCAUAUCAGGCAGGUGGCAGCACUGCCUAUGUAGGUAUGGCUCGGAUUAUUAAUCGAAAUGGUAUUGUUACGUCUCCGUUCGUUAGUUGAUUUUCCGUAACUUCGUUCCCACGAAACUUUAGCGACACAAGUCCUUUCUUAAUAAAACUGGUUUAU